GCUCUUUGCGCGAGUGGAUCGUCAGUUCGUUCGAGGACUAUUUCAGUUCAGCCAGUUCAGCGGCAGACAGCGGUCGGUGUGCCUUGGAGCUCAAGCUACCUUUGUGACUUCCAGGCAUCUACAGGCGCUCAGCCACCAUGUCUAACCGACCGACGAUCUACCUCACCCGCCCAGACAUCCCCCAUGAAGCCUUGGAGAAGCUGAAGGCAGCUUGCGACGUGACAGUCUACCCCCAUGAGCACCCAGUUGACCGUGACUCCCUACUCAAGGGUGUCGUAGGAAAAGAUGGUCUUCUCUGCAUGCUUACGGACAAGGUAGACAAGGAUGUCAUUUCAGCAGGGGACAAACUCAAGAUCAUUGCCACAAUGUCUGUUGGCUUCGAGCAUAUCGACAUUGAAGAGUGCAAGAAGAGGAACAUCGUGGUGACCAACACUCCAGAUGUGUCGUCAGACUCCGUAGCAGAGCUGACAACUUCCCUUGCGUUGGCAGCGGGCCGGAGAAUUGUAGACUGCGCAGAAGCUAUCAAGCAGGGCGAGUGGGUGUAUUCCUGGAGCCCACAAUGGCUGCUUGGACAGGGCCUGCACAACUCUACCGUUGGCUUCGUCGGAAUGGGCCGGAUCGCUCAAUCGGUGCUCCGCAGGUGCAUUGGACUGCAGAUCAAGAGAGCUCUCUACUUUGACAAGUUUCACCCCAUCAAGCCAGCUGAAGAAAUGGGUGCUGUCUACAUGCCUCUCAAUGAUGUAGUAGGCCAGGCAGACUUUAUCAUCUGCCUGGUCAACCUGUGCGACGAGACCCGAGAAAUGUUCAACAAGACCCUGUUUACGAAGAUGAAGAAGACAGCAGUCUUCAUCAACACCAGUCGUGGCGGAGUGGUGAAUCAAGAGGACUUGUACAACGCCCUGAAAAACGGCAUUAUUCGGGCGGCAGCCAUUGAUGUCUCCCUUCCAGAGCCUUUGCCCAAGGAUCACAAACUCCUCACCCUAAGAAAUCUAAUCGUCACACCUCACAUUGGCAGCUCUGAGAUUAGCGUGAGGAUCGCUAUGGGCCACUUGGCUGUGGACAACGUGAUCAAUGUCACUACGGGCAAGCCACCCCGCAGCAAGGCUGUCAACAUGUGAAUAUGCUCCUUCGGAAGGAUCUGAGAAAAUUCACUGUUAAAAUUCACUCAUUAAAAUAUGUGCGUAUUGUUU